CAGAAUUUUGUAGGUUCUGAAUUGAUUCCUUGCACAGGGUCCCGAAUGCAAUUCUGAUGUUACCAGGCCUUUUAUAUGCCACAGAUAUUCUUAUGUGGGGUUCAGGAGAUAAGUUUGGUGUGUUAUCAACUCCUAGAUCUUUCUCUGUCCAUUUCAUGAAAUACUUCAUCUUCCAUUUGGUAUCCUAUGUCUGGCCUGUUUCCAUCGCCUAGUUUCAUUACCUUAUAUUUACUCGAGUUGAAUUUUGGUAGCCAUUUGUUGGACCAUUCAUUGUUUGUCUAGGUUAUCUUGUAGCCUAUUAUCUUCCUAAAAGAAAAGAAAUUAUUAUCUUCCUAAAUAAAAGAAAUUAAUGGUUCAGGACUGACCAAGUCACUUUCAUUUCAUGUGUUAACCAGGUAUCACUAUGCUCUCGGUCGAUCCGAGCCUAUGUGCCCACUAUGCUCUCGGUCAAUCCGAGCCUGUAUGUCCACUAUACUCUUGGUCGGUCCGAGCCUGUCUCUCCACUGUGCUCUCGGUCAGUCCGAGCCUGUGUGUCCACUAUGCUCUCGGUCAGUCCGAGCCUGUGUGUCCACUAUGCUCUCGGUCAGUCCGAGCCUGUGUGUCCACUAUGCUCUCGGUCAGUCCGAGCCAGUGUGUCCACUAUGCUCUCGGUUGGUCCGAACCUGGGUUUCCACUAUGCUCUCGGUCAGUCCGAGCCAGUGUGUCCACUAUGCUCUCGGUUGGUCCGAACCUGGGUUUCCACUAUGCUCUCGGUCAGUCCGAGCCUGUAUGUCCACUAUACUCUUGGUCGGUCCGAGCCUGUCUCUCCACUGUGCUCUCGGUCAGUCCAAGCCUGUGUGUCCACUAUGCUCUCGGUCAGUCCAAGCCUGUGUGUCUACUAUGCUCUUGGUCGGUCCGAGCCAGUGUGUCCACUAUGCUCUCGGUUGGACCGAACCUGGGUUUCCACUAUGCUCUCGGUCAGUCCGAGCCAGUGCGUCCACUAUGCUCUCAGUCGGUCCGAGCCUGUGUGUCCACUAUGCUCUUGGUCCGAGCCUGUGUCUCCACUGUGCUCUCGGUCGGUCCGAGCCUGUUGGUCCACUAUGCUCUCGGUUGGUCUGAGCUUGUGUGUCCACUAUGCUCUUAGUCCAAGCCUGUGUGUCCACUAUGCUCUCGGUCGGUCCGAGCCUGUGUGUCCACUAUGCUCGCGGUCGGUCCGAGCCUGUGUGUCCACUAUGCUCUCGGUCGGUCCGAACCUGUGUGUCCACUAUGCUCUCGGUCGGUCCGAGCCUGUGUGUCCACUAUGCUCUCGGUCGGUCCGAGCCUGUGUGUCCACUAUGCUCUCGGUCGGUCCGAGCCUGUGUGUCCACUAUGCUCUCGGUCGGUCCGAACCUGUGUGUCCACUAUGCUCUCGGUCGGUCCGAGCCUGUGUGUCCACUAUGCUCUCGGUCGGUCCGAGCCUGUGUGUCCACUAUGCUCUCGGUCGGUCCGAGCCUGUGUGUCCACUAUGCUCUCGGUCGGUCCGAACCUGUGUGUCCACUAUGCUCUCGGUCGGUCUGAGCCUGUGUGUCCACUAUGCUCUCGGUCGGUCUGAGCCUGUGUGUCCACUAUGCUCUCGGUCCAAGCCUGUGUGCACAGAGCAUCGUUACUGUAUUUGAUUUCUAUUAUAAUAUGAGACCAGAUUGUACAAACCAGAUAUAUUUGGUGUUGUGUUGCUAAUGCAGGAGUUUAUUAAGCAACUAGGAAAUCUUGGCCUAUUUCAAUAUUUUUCAAAACAUUUUAAAUUAAGAUAAGAUAUUUAUUUAGGUAAAGGUACAUACAUUGAAAAUGAGUUACAAACAUAAUGUCAGAUUAAUAGAUAGAGGUACUGUAUUACAUGCAAUGCCGGAAGCCACUAAUAUGCUCAGCAUUUCGGGCAAAAAUUGCUUGGCUGGUCUUAUAAAUCUUUAUAACAUUGGUAUUGCAUUGUAAAAUAAAUUGGAUGUACAAAUAAGAAAUUCUUAUGUUUUUGUGUUAGAUUAUGGAAAUGUGUAAUCAUGUAAAUAUAGCUGUGUUCCUUCACUUAAAAAGUUAGGUGAACUGUUAAAUAUAUAAAGCUUAGCAAGUUUUGUAUUUUACUGGAAACUAUAUUUGUUUUCUCAUCAUAUAAAAAUAUAUAUUUCUAAAAAAGUAUUUUCUUAAAUUUGUUUAGAAUAUAUUGAUACAGUACAUGAUAUUAUAAAAUAUUUUCUGGGGGGAACCCCUACGGCUCCCCGGAGCUA